AGUUCAAUGUGAGCCCGUCGCAGUGCGUCGCUUGGCUUGAAUGCGCUGUUUAAGAAGGCGAAAGCAGAGUGGCGAGCAAUAUCGUGAUAGAUGUCACUCAGACAUUCAUUUGCGCGCGCAGAAAACAAAACAUUUUCGCUCCUCGCAUGCUUAUUUUACCGAGAGAUUUUUAGUGCUAGUCCAUAGCUUUACUUAUGCGUCGCUUGUGGCUGUUUGUUUUCGUACGAUUCCUGAUAAUUUGGUCAUGUGUUGUUCCUAAAGGAUCCAUAAGGGCGGAAGAGUUCAGGAUUUAUAGACAGACUUCACCAGUAUUCGAUUCAUUCAAGCUUCCCCCGUCACUCUGUGGAGGCGGAUGUGGUGGGUAUGGAGGAACAUGGCACGAUUCUACUCAGUGCAAAUGUGGUUGCAACACAAACACAGCUUCCUUUGCAGUUUACAACUCCAAAUGGGCAUGUGUGAAGAAUGAAGACUUCAGAACCUUUGCAGGAUGCGGGUAUCCAUUUUACAGCGAGCCAAUAAGCAGUGCUCUUAAGGUGUUGGAACUAAAAAGUGAAGAAAAGACAGCUAUGGUCACUACCGGAUGCACCAUUGACCUGGCCGCCUCGCGGUACCUGCACUGCGACGGGACCUGGGCACCACUUCCGCUACAAUCCAGCGAGAAACCAUUUAAGUUGAAGUUGGACAGCUCAGCUAAUAUAGGCGGAGUUGUUUAUGGCACCUACAAGUUUGAGGUAGUAUCUUCACCAGACAGCAUCAAAGGACAAAUUAUUAUAUUGUCGGUGACGUGUGCGCCACCAUCAAGGUCACCAUGCCUCUUGUUCAAAAUGGCCGGCGAUAUAUCAUGUCAAACUGUACCAGCAUCAGUAUCACCCAACACGCUUCCUUCAACAUCACUCAGUCAUCACUCUAGUCAACAAUCUACAAGCCUCGCACCAACAACAUCAACAGGACCAGCAAACACCAAGAACACGACAGUUUUGCAAGUUCCAACAAAUGGUGGCAGAAAAAGGACGACAUCAUCAUCCGGGAACUCAGGACUCAUCGCCGGUCUGGUCGUGUUCCUUCUGCUGUUAGUGCUCGCCGUCAUUCUGAUUGGCUUCGUCUUCUGGAAGAGAAGAAGGGGAGAGGAAGUCAAAUUUGUGAAGCAGUUUAAUGCAACAGUCUCAGGGUUGGGGGCAUCUGCAGCAAGGAAGGUCCGAGCCGCAGCGAGACGCGUACGUGAUAGAAACAGACAGGAAGGCCGAGGAACCGACGACGACGACAAGGAAAAUGGAGCAGUCGCGAAUGGCGUGACCGUGCCAGCGCCGCAAGGGGGAGGAGAAUAUAACUACGCAUAUGAUAAAGAUGACAGUAAACACAAAUCGGAGCCCAUCUAUGAAGAGAUCGACCCCAUACCUCCGCUGGACACAAGAGAAGAAUCCAGACGGGCGUGCAUCUACGACGAGCCAGAAGGCGCUAUCUGUGACGACGACUCCGACUGGUCAGAAGGGUCUACCCAUGACGGGUCUAACCACCCGUCCGACUGGUCAGACUGGUCUGACGACUGGACAUACGACAACCUAGAGGUGGUAGAGAGGCGGUCAGGAAAAGCAUCUAAAGUCGAUGAUAACGAUGGCUAUAUGGCUCCAAACGAUACAUUGGAAAGACUUGAAAAAGGGACACCACCGAAGGGUGAAUCAGGAGAUACGAAAAAGAGAACCUCAGAAAGGAGCCGUUAUAUAAAAUUUAAAAAUUCCAGAAGAAAAAACAGAAAGUUGGUGGGUAAUCCAAGCGCCGAGAAAGAUGACGGCUACGUGGUUCCUAACGAUAAAUUGGAAAGAUUCAACGAUAAGACGCUGGCGAACGGGGGAUCUAGAGAUGCGAAAAAGAGAACCUCAGAAAGGAACCGCAAUUCAAAAUCUAAAAAUUCCAGAAGGAAAAAUAGAAAAUUGGUUGAAAAUCCUGGCGGUGAAAAAGACGAUGGAUACGAGGCACCGUGUGACUCGUUAGAGAGGGCUGGGCACCAUGCAGUGGCGAAUAAGUCUGUAAAAGACGCGAUACAGAGAAUCAUUGAUAGGGGCCGUAAUUCAAAUCCUAAUAAAUCUGUGGCAGAGAACAGGAUAUCGGUGGAGAACCCUGGUUCUCAGACAAACAAUGUGACUCAUUCUAAUAAUUUACCACGUACCAAAAUAAGAAAAUCCGUCAGUGAUACAAAUAGAGAAAUAGACUUUUUACCGGGAAACACAUCAAAUAUGCCCGCUGAAACCCCUGGCUACGCAGCUCUUUAUGAGACGCGCUCUCCUAACUCCCUACCGAGAGAGAACGCGAUUGAGAAAGAGAGUGCGAGGAACGGUGAAGAUGAUGGAACUGAGCACCAAUACCACGUGCUAGAGAGAUCAUGUGAUAGCCGGAGGGUAUGAGGUUCACCUUCUGAUUCAUUCUCUUAACAAUAUAUCAUAAUGGUCUUCCCAGGGUUUUCUACGUGGAAACGCUGUACAAAGUUAUCGAAAAAUUACAAAUGAAUAGAAAAACCAAGAUCAUUCAUAUUUACGGGGUCCUUCCUAUGGCCUUAUUUCCACUUAUUUCUGUUUUCGUGGCAUCACAAUGGCAUGCCUCUGAUUACGCCCCUGGUCUUCACAGAGCAGUACCUAAGCAUACUUACAUGAUCUAUACCUAAUAAAUAACAAUUUAAAGAAUAAAGACUGGGGAAAAGAGACAAAACUAAGAAAAAUCAAACAAGGUUGAGGUUUUUAUUGACCUGCAAGAAAAACCCAGGAGAGUUUGUGGUUGAUUGCACAAACUUGAAAAGCUAGUUAGAUCAAUACUGCACACAAUCAAAAUUAACAAAUAGACAGAGUGAGGCUGCUCCAUGCACGGACUCAGUUCCCAAAGAUAAAGUUGAAUUGCAAAAUUUUCGUAACUCGGAGUUACAGUGUGACCACGCUGCGAGAAUGGUGCUCACUGACAGAAGAAGCGAAGAAGGGCGACUUAUUUUUAUUAAGCUAAAUAUCUAUUUUCAAGAACAGUAAUUGCCGAGGACAAUGAAUAAGCAGAACAACUGAGUAACCGCCUUAUAUAGCCACACCAGAACCUAACUUUGAUGGUGAAAUAAUUUUCCAAAAUUGCACGUAUAAUUUUGGCUGAACUUAUUGUUGAAUUUAGAGGGUUACAAAUACAAAUUAUGAUUUCAUGACAAUUAAAUCGAUCAUUGUUAAUAUUCAGUCGUUCUUGUUAUCGCAUUUUAAAUCUGCAGCGAAAAUUGGUGUUUUUGCUCAUUUCUAAUCAAGGUUUAACAUGAUGGUCGGUCAUUAGUAUUCACGGUUAAUAUCUAGUUUUUAACCUUCUCCUCCUCAUAAGAAUUCUAGUUAUGAACCAACUUCAUCGUUAAUCAGUUCAGAUUAAACCCCACUUUUUCCCUGCUGAUACAUCAAGCCCUCCCGGUUCUUUAUGAUUGUAAAUUAUACGUAGGUAUUUUAGUUAAAUAACCGAUUUGCAAGAACAAUACAAAA